UCCACGACAUCACUUCACAACCGUUAACAGCGCAUCAGGACAGAGAAAAAAGAGUUGCAAGAAAUACGUAUCUGUUCUGGCACACUUCAACUUUAUGCUGUGUAUCUCCAAAUGGCAUUUAUUUGACAAACUCGAAAUUGAAACCCAUUGUAGAGUUUUUUUUUCCGGCACUUCAUCUCAGCGCAGACUUCAGGGAGACCGCGUGAGGAGGCGAGCGGCACAGAGGGAGGACAUGCACUGUUGUCAGAUGAGGAUAUCAGCCAUGAGGCUCAUGUGGUCGGUGUCGGUGCUGGUGCUUUUACAGCCCGGUGUUCUGGGCGCGAGGAGGUUUAGAGGUGGCCGUAACUCCCAGCCCCGGCGGGUGCCGUACCGGGACCGAGGCGACACGACGGAGAGCUUCUCACUGGAUUUCACGGCGGUGGAGGAGAACAUGGACAACUUCAUGACGCAGGUGAAGAACCUCGCGCAGUCGCUGUACCCGUGCUCUGCACAGAAACUCGACGAUGACAUGAAGCUACACUUUCUGGAGAAUACUUCCGUGACAUGCAAUGAUGGGAGUCCCGCGGGGUACUACAUCAAGGAGUCCAAAGGAAGCAAAAGAUGGCUCAUAUUUUUGGAAGGUGGCUGGUACUGUUUCAAUAAGGAGAGCUGCAACAGUAGAUACGAAACCAUGAGGCGCCUGAUGAGUUCCACAAAGUGGCCCAGCACGAAAACAGGCACAGGAAUACUUUCUCCCCUUCCAGAAGAGAAUCCCCAUUGGUGGAACGCUAACAUUGUAUUCAUACCCUAUUGCUCAAGUGAUGUAUGGAGCGGGAUAUCUCCUAAAACCAAUGAGAGUGACUAUGCGUUCAUGGGCUCUCUGAUCAUCAAGGAAGUGGUGAAGGAACUGUUGACCAAAGGCCUGGACGUGGCUAAGGUGCUGCUCCUCGCCGGGAGCAGUGCUGGCGGUACGGGAGUGCUCCUGAACGUGGACGCGGUGGCGGAGCUGCUUGCAGAGCAGGGCUACAGCAGCAUCCAGGUGCGGGGCCUCUCGGACUCCGGCUGGUUCGUGGACAACCAGCAGUACCACUGCACCGACUGCAUAGACACACUGAGCUGCGCACCCACUGAAGCCAUCAAGAGGGGCCUCAAGUACUGGGGGGGCGUGGUGCCGGAGAGCUGUCGGCAGGCCUAUGAGGGGGAGGAGUGGAACUGCUUCUUUGGCUACAGGGUCUUCCCCACCAUCAAACGCCCGGUGUUCGUGGUGCAGUGGUUGUUUGAUGAGGCCCAGCUGACGGUAGACAACAUCCACCUGACGGGCCAGCCCAUGCAGGAGGGACAGUGGAACUACAUCCAGGAACUCGGACUACAGCUCAGGAACACACUCAAGGACGUACCGGCUAUGUUCGCCCCCGCAUGUCUGUCUCACGAGAUCAUCACCCGGAGCUACUGGCUGGACGUGCAGGUGAAGGGCACGUCUCUGCCGCGCGCGCUGCACUGCUGGGACCGCAGCUUCGCUGACAGCUCCCGUCACGGCGGUGGCAAGAACGGCUCGCGCGGCUGCCCCAUGCACCUGAUGGACAGCUGCCCGUGGCCCCACUGCAACCCCACCUGCCCCACCAUGCGCGACCAGUACAGCGGACAGGAGAUGAGCAGCAUGCAGUUCCUCAUGCACAUGGGCUUCGACGUGCCCGCCAUGGCCAAGCAGCAGGGCAUGGACCCGGGCAAGCUGCUGGGCAUCCUCAGCAACGGCAGCUAAAGGGACACGGCCGCGCCAACGCCAACGCCAGCGCCAAAUGACAACUACGGGCAUCAAUCGCAACCCAAGCCAACCCCCAUUACCAUUACGCUUCCUCAUCCCACUGCUAGCUAGACUUCUAGACCUCCCCAACUAAAGGGACAUGGCCGCGCCAACGCCAGCACCAACGCCAACUGCAGGCACCAACCCCCAUACGCUUCUAGACCUCCCCAACUGCAGAUAAGAACUGGGCACUGUCACGGUGUGCCGGUUACGGGCAUCGGAAACCCAUCCUCACCCUUUCUCAUAAGGUGUGCCAAUUAUGGGCAUCCAAACCCAAUACCCCAUCAUACCCCUCCUUAUCCACAGCUAACUCGCAUUGUAGACCUCCCCAACAGCAGCUAAGAGCUGGACACUGUUACGGUACCAGAUACGGGCAUCACAACCCACCUCAACCCCCAUCACAUGCCCCUACUCCCGUACCCUUUCUCAUCCCAUCCACUGCUAGAUGUGCCCCCUCCCCCAUGCUACCACCCCCACUGCGGGCAUCGCAACCCGCAGACCUCUCCAAACCCGGGCAUCACAACCCACAUCUACAUGCCCUACCCACCCCCACACGCUUUCGCAUCCUGAAACCUGAAAGCAUAACAUAGCAUAGCACGCACGCACGCACGGACACACACUUUUGACACACACCCCUGCCAACACACAGUACAUGGUAUCACACACACACAAACCUUACAUAUGGUGCAUACUUUUACAUAAACACACACAACGCACGCACGCACACUUUUGACACACACCCCUGCCAACACAGUACAUGGUAUCACACACACACAAACCUUACAUUUGGUGCAUACUUUUACAUAAACACACACAACGUUGCACUCAAAUACAGACACACUUGACACUUGAACAGUUACUUGUAACAUAGUAUACACACACACACACACACACACACCGUGACAUCAUCACACCUCACUGCUACUGGCCUUGGGUUUAUGUUUUGGUCGUAAAAGAAAAAAAAUCUGACGAAUGUAAUCCGGUUUUAAGGAUACUCUAUUGUGUUUUUAUUCUUUUGUAGCAGCAUUAUUGUUAUUUUAUUUGUUAGAUUUUUUUGUAUUUUUUACAUUUUUAAAACGGUGAGAAAUUAGGAACAUCAAUGGGUACGAUGAAGUAGUCUUUAGAAAAAAAUAUUUUUUUAAUAACAGUGUAGUGAAGAAGUUUUUCUCAUGCGAAAAAAAUAUCCUCAAAUGGAAAGUAUACAUUUCAAACACUCAGACAUAUUCAUUCAUGCAAUACCAUAUACACAAGCACAAUAUCACACACACACACACACACACACACACACACACACACACACACACACACACACA